CGGACAUGGGCUGCUUGGGAGGGAAGACGGACGAAGAGCGGCUGGACGAGAAGGUCAAGCGGGAAGCCAACAAAAAGAUCGACAGACAACUGCAGAAGGAACGGCAAGCCUUUAAAGCCACGCACCGACUGCUGCUGCUGGGGGCCGGCGAGUCCGGCAAGAGCACGAUCGUCAAACAGAUGAGGAUUCUUCAUGUCGACGGCUUCAAUCCCGAAGAGAAGCGGCAGAAGAUUCAAGACAUCAGGAAGAAUGUGAAGGAUGCCAUCGUGACCAUCGUGUCGGCUAUGAGCACAUUGACUCCUCCCAUGCCUCUGGGUGACCCUGGCAACCAGUUCAGAGUUGACUACAUCAAGGGGAUCGCACCUCUGUCUGACUUUGAAUACACCGAGGAAUUCUUUGAGCACGCUCAAAAGCUUUGGUGGGACGACGGCGUGAAAGCCUGCUUUGAACGCGCCAACGAAUACCAGCUGAUCGACUGUGCUCAGUACUUCUUGGACCAUUUGGACUCUGUGAGAAGGGCCGACUACAGUCCUAGCGACCAGGAUUUGUUGCGCUGCCGAGUUCUGACCUCGGGGAUUUUCGAGACCAGGUUUCAAGUGGACAAGGUCAACUUUCAUAUGUUUGACGUGGGAGGACAGAGGGAUGAACGCAGGAAGUGGAUUCAGUGUUUCAACGAUGUCACGGCCAUCAUCUUUGUGGCCGCGAGCAGCAGCUACAACAUGGUGAUCCGAGAAGACAACUCGACCAAUCGCCUGCAAGAAUCUCUGGACCUCUUCAGAUCCAUUUGGACAAACAGGUUUUUGAAGACCAUCUCCGUCAUCUUGUUCCUCAACAAGCAAGAUGUGCUCGCUGACAAGAUACUGGCUGGCAAAUCCAAACUGGAGGAUUAUUUUCCCAAAUACUCCAACUACACACUUGCCCCUGAUGCUGUUCCAGAUGUGGAUGAAGAUGCCAGGGUGACCAGAGCAAAAUUCUUCAUCAGAGAUGAGUUCCUGAGGAUCAGCACGGCGAGCGGCGACGGCAAACAUUAUUGCUAUCCACACUUCACGUGCGCCGUGGACACUGAAAACAUUCGCCGCGUGUUCAACGACUGCCGGGACAUCAUCCAGCGCAUGCACCUGCGACAGUACGAGCUCCUCUGAUUGGCCGCUGGCCUCGGACUAGUUCCCGCCCGCUUCCUGAACCCAGCCGGCUCAUGCAUAUCCCCCCGUUCACUGCGUUGGCUCCAAAAAGAUGAUUUUGUAAGCGCAAAACCACGUCUCCGCUCAGCUACGUUUGCCAGGCCGAAGAAGGCCGUGCUCUUUGAAUGCCGAUUCCGUCGAGUGCCGUGCCGCGAGAUGCCACUCGAUGGACUUUUUUGGGGCAACACUCGAGUCAAGAGAAACAAUGUUUUUGUCUCGAGCACUGCUCAAGAUGACAAAGGUGAUUUGUUCAUCCAGCUUUUAUUCCUGUCAGGUAGCUUUCGAUCACGGGUGUCAAACUGCGGUUCCCGGAGGGCCGCCGUUUCCCAACACACCCGACGUUGAAGCUGUUCGUUGGAAUCAGUGCUGGAAAACGGGCAGGACGGCGGCCCGCCAGGACCCACUUUGGACAGCCCUAUACUUGCAUGCGAUGCUACAUACACCAUGUUUGCUAGCGCUUGGUAGGC